UCGAUCAUUCUCUCUCAACUAUUGCUAUCUUCCCUUACAACGCAUAGAAAUGAUUAUUGAAUCUCAAAGUGAUCAUGAAAAUGCAUGGGGAUGGCUCAAGGCCUUGCCUGAGAAGUUAUGGGGAAAGGUAGUAGAUGUUGCAGAGAAGAUAAAGAAACUUGGAGAAGAUGAUCCACGAAGAAUUAUUCAUUCCCUAAAAGUAGGGCUGGCUCUCACCUUGGUUUCCUUAUUCUACUACAUCCAACCACUGUACGAUGGUUUUGGUGCCAAUUCAAUGUGGGCUGUUUUAACUGUCAUUCUUGUCUGCGAGUUUUCUGUUGGAGCAACACUAGGAAAAGGCUUAAACAGGAUGCUGGCAACCUUAUCAGCUGGUGCUCUAGGCAUUGGAGUCCAUUCCCUAGCAACUCUGUCUGGUGACACAGGGCAGCCCAUAAUACUUGGGUUCUUUGUCUUUUUGAUAGCUGCAACAGUUACAUUUGCAAGAUUCAUUCCAGCAAUGAAGGCAAGAUAUGAUUAUGGGCUGCUGAUAUUCAUAUUGACCUUCUCCUUGAUAUCCGUAUCGAGUUACCGAGAAAAUGAUCAGGUGCUAGUUAUGGCCCAUCAGAGGCUAACCACAAUCAUGGUUGGUAGUUUUAUUGCCAUUGUUACAUGCAUUUGUAUACGCCCUGUUUGGAUUGGAGAGAAUCUUAACAAUCUGGUAGCUAACAACAUGGAAAAGCUUGGGAAAUCCUUAGAAGGAUUUGGGCGUGAAUACUUCAGCAUACCAGAAGAAGGGCCGUCUAUGGAUGAUAAAUCAUUUCUUCAAGGAUAUAAAAGCGUUCUCACUUCAAAAGAAACCGAACAAGCUAUGGCAAAUCUAGCAAGAUGGGAAGUGUGGAACUUUCGUUUUGGAUUCCGACAUCCUUGGAAACAGUACCUCAAAAUUGGAACCCUUAGUCGGCAAUGUGCCUACAAAGUUGACGCUCUUAACAGCUACCUUAACACUAAGAUCCAGUUUCAGACACCAAGUGAGUUCCAAAGCAAAAUCCAAGAGCCAUGCACAAAGAUUUGCUCAGAAUCUGGGCAAGCACUGAAGGAAUUAGCAUUAGGGCUAAAAAAGGUGAUGAACCAGCCAACAUCAGUUUAUCUCCAUAUUGAACGCUCAAAAAUGGCAGCGGAGAAUCUGAAAUCAUUGCUCAAUACAACGAGCCUUUGCGAAAAUGAUAAUCUCCAGGUGAUCAUUCCAACUGGUGCAGUUGCUUUAAUUCUAGUGGAUAUCGUGCCAUACAUAGAGAAGAUCUCAGAGGCUCUGCAUGAAUUAGCCUCACUUGCACAUUUCAAGAGGGUGGAAGCCAGAGUGUCGCCAUAGUAAUUAAUCACAAUAUUUGCUCCAUCAGGGAACAUGCAACAUCAUUAAUAUCGAUCCUAUGGUCGAUAACAAGUGGGUGUUCUUGAUAGGAAAUAACAAACUAGCUAGGGUCGUUACCAAGUGAAAUGGAGAGGAUCCUAUUCUUUUCCUGUAUAAAAGGAAAAGAGAAUCGUGGUUGGGAUUAACGCAUUAAAUAGAUAUUGUAAUUAGCCUUAAUGUUUGGUUUGGCAAGUGGGAAUGUUUUAUUUAUUUAUUUAUUUAUUUUUAUUUUUUUGAAGGAAAGUGAGAAUGUUAUCCCCUCACGUUGGUCGAGGUUCUAAUAAUCUCCUGAUUGAAAAAUUUAAGUGCAUGGAGUUUACUCAUGCAUGCAUGCAUUGAAUACUAGUAUUAAUUAUUCUA